AUGGCAUCAGAAGGCCAUGUAGAUGUCAGAGUCGCUGUGGCUGUUCCUAUUGUUACGUUCACAUUCGUAGCCACAGGCGCGGUCGCAAUGCGUAUCUGGUGUAGACGAUACAGCCGUAUCGCCUUAUGGGCCGAUGACUGGUUGGCGGUUGCGUCACUGGUCCUCCAACUGGCACUGGUAACAGAGACACUCUUUGCAAUUGUUCACGGCGGUCUGGGCCGGGAUCGAACGACCGUACUGUCUGAGCAAGGUGACAGAGGAUUUUUUUUGGUCAUCAUGGAGUGCAUCUUCGCGAUAUGUAUCACAUACGGCCUCGCUUCGCCUGCGGUGAAACUCACUGUUCUCGCGCUGCUGUGGCGGAUCUUCCCAACCCGGUUCAUACGGACAGGAAUAUAUGUUAUCGGGGGCAUGUGCGUCGCCUGGUUCGUUGCUGUUGAAUUGGUCACCAUAUUCCAAUGCAGCCCCAUACCGGCAGCCUGGGACAAAACCCUUGAUCCGACAGGGGAGCGAUGCAUCAAUAGCUUGCACUUCUACACUGGCAACUCGGCAGCGAACUUUGUGCUUGAUCUAGCGAUAUUGAUCUUGCCCGUACCCGAGAUUUUACACCUUAACAUGUCAAGGACCCGCAAAUGGGCGGUAGUAGGUGUCUUUGCACUCGGCACAGCUGUCGUAGUGGCAAGCGGUGUCCGCUUAGUUUCAACAGCAGCUCUGACUCGGAGAGGAGUCUCGGACUUGUCUCUUCAGUUUGGGACUCCGAUCGUCGCAACCCUGAUCGAGGUCUGCGUAGCGAUCAUUGUAGCAUGCCUACCUACAUGUGCCCCGGCCUACCGCGCACUCUGCCGACGAGGCACGAAUGUCAAAUAUCAGCACCGAGCCGAGUGGGAACCGACACAUGGUAGCUAUAGUCUGGUUACCAUUGGCAAACUGUCGAACAGAAACAAGAACUUCACAAAGGUCGAGGAUGCAGUCGACGAAGAAUCUAGGAUGAAUCUCAACUUGACGCCGCGAAACUACAGUGAUAGACAGAGAACGACCAUCGACGCUGGCGGUCACCCACAUGGCAUGAGCAACGAUGGGGUGCCCCUGAAUCAAAUCACGCUCAAACAGCAUUAUACUUGGUCGGAGAUGACCAGUCAGCACUGA